AUGGUCGUGUUUAUGGACAGCUUAACCCAAGCCAAGGACGAAGGACUCAUAUCGGAUGCCAUAUUUUUCGACUUCUCAAAAGCAUUUGAUAGGGUCCCACACGUCCCGCUGCUCCACAAACUCGAUUAUGUAGGUCAUGGUUGUACGAGGGCUGGGAUACUGCCAGGGCGCCCAUACCUAGACAGGAGGACGAUUGGGGUCCUCAACCAAAGCCUUCGACUCAAAAGCCCAACCGCAAGGCAGCGGUUUUUGGCGGGGAAAUGCAAAUGCAUUACCUUUUCUACGGAACAAGUCGCCGUACAUGUUCCAACCCCCAACCCGGAGGACCAGGAGAUUCUAUUCGUCAGACCUCUAACCAUUGACCAACCUGGUACGAGAGACUCUGUGAGUGUCGCGCGGACACCCCCCAGUAUAGCUCAAUGGGUCGCCGAGGUACACAAACCGCCACACUACGAUAAGGUCCAGUCUCUUCUUGACGGACCUUUGGGUAGCCUAGCACUUGACACUUCGACCCUGCAAACUACGGCACAUACCUCCAGGGCAGGUUUGUUGAAUAGCUCAGCAGCCGAACAAUGGUGUCAGAUCAUGGCAUAG